UCCAUGCCCAUUAUGUUUGGGCCAAAUUGACCUUUUUGAUGGCUUCUCUUUCUGCUCAUUUUUUCCAAAAAUAAAAAAUAAAAUAAAUCAGCUAAUGACAGGGCAGAAAGAUGAAGCACAAAUCAUUUAUCAACCCAUUGAACAACAAUCUCAUUCUUUUGUGGAAGUGAUUUGCAAAUGCACCGACAAGACUUGGCGAUUUGCUGCUGGAACAGAAGCAAAAUUCGCGCUGAAAUUUAUCAAUAGCAGUAGCGUUGAUUCUACAUUGGCAAAGCCACCUGCAACGUAUAUUGAAGCUGUUAAAGAUGGAGAAGUGCCUGUGAUUUUUGGCCCCAAUUCAACUCUUGUGAACUAUGGCAAAGGAUGGAAAUUGCAGCCAGUCACUGAGACAGCAACAAGUUUUUCAAGGGGGUUGCCUGAUGAUUACGCAGGAGCGAGACCAGCAUAUGUUCCUCCGGUUUCAGACAACUCGCAUUCUGCAAGGAGAAAAUCACAAGCUGCUCUAAGCCCUAUGUACAUCGGAAAGAUAUUGCUUGUAUUUAUUAUAAUGUUCUUGAUCGGUGCCCUCUUCACCUUGUUGCUCGAUAACCUUCCAGAGCUAUUAUCUAGAUAUGGGCUCGACCAUUGAAUAGCGUCUUCCAGAUGCAUAUAGCCUGUACUUAAAAGAGCAUCUGCUUGUGUAGAAAAUCUGAAAUACUUGCCUGUGGUCAUGUUAUAUUGUAAAGCUCUUGUAAAAGACAUGUUCCCUUGCCAUCACUUGUUGGCUUACUGCUGUAUUUUGCAAAUCUGAUAUUGAAAAUUUUCGAAGUUCCCUUUCCCUUGGCA